CACACAGCACUGCUUCUGUGCCAGGUAAGUCCACUACGGGCUCACCAUAGCUCGUGCUACUUGUUCUGUUCUGAGUAGCUUGUUCUGAGUAGAACAAGAACUGAGAACUUGUUCUAAGUAGCUGAAUCUAUAACAACAACAGUGUCCUCCUGCGUUUCCUACAUAGACUCGCAAGAUGAGAGUCGUAGUGUUGACACUGGUGUUUGGGCUCGCUGCCACCAGCUGUCAGGCUGCUCCGGAGGCGGAUUUCUUCGGUGGGAUGGACGAGCAUCCUUCAGAGGUCGCACCUUAUACCGUCAUCAAAGAUGCUGAGACGUACGAAGUGAGGGUGUACGAACAGACCAAGUGGGUGUGUUCGGAAGUCAUCGUGGCGAAGCCUCACCCUAAGGACGCAAUGAAGAUGUUCUGGGCUCUCUACCACUACAUCUCCGGCGAGAACUCUAAAGGCCUGGAGAUGAAUAUGACAGCUCCGGUGACCUUACUGGACGAGGAGUAUGAGGGUAGCCAGAAGAGGUGCCAGACCUGCUUCUACCUCCCGGCCGCCCAUCAACAAGACCCGCCCAUGCCCUCAGACCAGAGUGUUUACAUCGAAGAUCGCCCUCGGCUUAGACUCGCUGCUCGGACCUUCGGAGGCCUGGUGAUGACGCUGAGCGAGUGGGAGGCAGAGAGGAAGAAGCUUAUAGCCGACCUGCAGAAGCAUGGAGAGGAAACUGUAGACACUUCACGUCACUAUGGUGCCAUGUACGAUCCUCCGAUGAAGAAGCUCAACAGACGAAACGAGGUCUGGUACGUCUUUACGAGGGGGUAACUCCAGCUUCCGGAUGACCUCUGACCAGUUUACGCUUCUGUCUUCUCGCAAUGCUGCGCUCUCACGCGCACACACACACACACACACACACACACACACACACACACACACACACACACACACACACACACACACACACACACACACACACACAUUGGCCUAUUCAGGUACAGAAAACUGUAACACAUGUAAACCUCGCCAACAUUUCUGUAAUCUUGUUCAUUGCAAACUACAGCACCAUAAGGAAACUCAUAGUCUACUUAAUUGGUAAUUUUAGAUCACAAAACCGAAAUUUCAAAAUAAAGUUUUAGCAAAGAG